UUGUGGGAUAGUUAAUGUUGAAGAUGUGUUUAUACAACGGUUGAAUAAAAUUAUCGUCAACAUGAAUGCCCGUGUCAACGCUCAAAAACGGAAACGAAUAAUUGUAGCCUGCAUUUUCAUUAAAUUCAUGGUUAAUUUUCGUUCAAUUUAAUUAAACACACAUUGCCCAAAUUACCUGUGGCAUAAAUGACCCUAGUGAAAUUUGCAUGUGUGCCAUCGAUGAAUUCUGCUUCGUUUGACGUGAAACGUUUUACAUUGUAUUUCAGUUUUACCAUUUCAGGCAAUCGUUUUCAAAUCCGCUCUUCCUUCGUCCGAUUCAUUGGAUUUUUAAUACUCAACGUUACUUGACUUGUAACAUUCCAGAGCAAACUGACUCAAUUCCUCUUACAUCAUCGCCGACAACAAGAACCUUUCCGCCUAUUUCAAUUUCAGACAUUGACUAAACAUAAGUCACUUUGGAAUCUAUUAAAUCUAUGAAAAAACUCAUUUUACCAUGGAAUUUAUCAACUGUUUGAUUGCUUUUCAAUUUUGAACUUCCAUUAUUUGAAGAACUUUCUAUUACGUGAUGUUCAUUUACGUCUGACAACUUGGCUACGGUCAACUAACGUCCGAAACUGUGAGACAGCUGAGUCUCACUCUUCUUUAUCAGUGCCAAUUACAAGUAAAAAGUUUCAAAUAUGCUCAUGAAAUGUUCAUGCUCAGUUUUAAAAGCGAUAUGAUUUGACUUUAAGGUCAGGUGAAUAUUGUUUUCAUUAGAAUUUCUUCCUUGAACGCUUUUUCUCUAAUCUCAAAAGCGCUGAAUACGUAUGAACGCAUGAUAUAGAUUCUAGCGUUCACUUCACACCUUACAGCAGUUGGUUUAGGAAUGAUGAUUAAAGGAACUAAUCAAUGAGGAGAUAGAAAAAUAAAAUUUAUAACAUUCGCACCGUUUAUGAGUGAUUCAGAAACAGAAAUGUAGCGAGGAAUCGGACGAAAUAAAUCGAUUAAACCAAAUAAAUAAAUACCACAAAAAACGAUCGAAAUUUUGAAAAAAUGCUCAAAAUUUAAAAAGAGCAAAGCGCGUAACUCAAGCCGAAAGGACGUAUCCUAUCAAAGAGAAUGAACGAUAUAACGCAAAAUAAAUGUGAUUACGAUGAACAAAAACUCACUUGUGCGAUUCAGUUUAAGUUCAUUUGCCUUAACCAACACUGUGUGAUACGCCAGAUAGUAUCAGGAAGAUGCAUGGUGUAGGUGUAGAAGUAUAUACUGCACAAAAUAAAAUGUAUUCCUUAUUAUUAAGUAGAUAUUAAUUGUACUGAAACCAUUGCCGAACAAAGCGAAUACAAGUCAUUGCUACACUUUCUACUCAAACUGUUUCAAUUAUUUACCCAAUAACGGAAUAUAUUAACCCAACAAAAAAAAUCGUAUAUUUUAGAAGACCAUUCCACCUGUUGUUUGCACAGUCAAGUAAUUGCCAAACAUAUUCUUUGUUUUCUAGUCAAUUUUAAAAUAAAAUUGUUUUGUUGUGAGUGUGAAUUGUUUUCAGCCACCUUUGUAAGUACAAAAAAAAGGUUCAACACACUUGAAUCGAUUGACGCACCGGCUAUGAAUAUCAUUUUCUGGAGAAGAUAGAAAACAAUUUCUUGUGCGAUCUCAUUUUGCAAAGUGAAGUUUUGUGAAAUUGAAGCUUGUUGAUCGCUACACUCGCCUCUUUUCCAAGUGUUUUCUGUUAGUUUUGUUCGUUUGUCACCAUGUUCAUCGAGUCCGUGGAAGACCUGUACUAUGUAUCUUCCACUGUGUUAAUGCUGGUAUGGGUAUUAAUUUAUAAUUGGCAACGAAAGAAAAACGUCAAACUUCUCGUUGAACUCGAUGAAAUCGUCGAAAAAAGAAGCCAAAAUGUAAACGUGAGUCAAAAUUACCAUCAAACCAGUGCUAAAAUAGAUGAUUUAAUGGAAACUGUUCAUUUGAUAAUGAUGCAAACUUUGGUGCCAUUCGUUGUGAUCGCUUAUAUUUCCAUACUGGUUUAUAAGCAACUGUUCUGGGACUACAUCAGCAAUUCGUUUUGUUACAUUUUUUCCGCAACGCUUCACUUCAAUUUGGGAACACCAGUUGGGUUUUUGAUUGGCACAAUAGUUCAAAUUGCGACCGUAUUCAUCACAACCGACCUAUUCAUUGCCACUCUAAUGGUUAUUAGUCAGCUGCGAUUUUUUGAAGUCGAUUUCAUUCUGGAUUUAAAACAAAGUCUAAAGCAAUUGAACGACGAAAUUGCAUUGGCAAAGCAAAAUGAAAAAUUGCCGAUUAACGAAUCAGGCAAUCUAAAGAGAAAUCUCAUCGAUUUGAUGCAAUUUUUCUCCACAGCGAAAGAAUUCAUCAAAUGUUUCGAUGAUGUAAAUGACCCGCUGGUUUAUGUUUACAUUUUGUACGCGUCCAUGUCAUUCGGCGGACUUUUAUUCCAAAUACGCAAUAUACUCAUAGCACAUAGUAUGAUUGGCAUAUUGCAAGUUUUAGUGCCUGCUUCAAUUUCCGUGUUCUGGCUGUGUUACUUCUGCUACUUUGGCUAUCGAAAGGUGGAACGGAUAGAAGAACUGGGUGAUGACAUCCAAAAAUUGAACAUUGCAUAUUUACAACUGUGAAAGUCGCCUUUGGAAUACGUAUUCCAUAACAGUUUAGUUUGGUAAAAAGUAGGCUACUAUACAUUGAGUGAAUCGACACCAGUGCGCAAUAACAGAGACAAAAAAAUUAAAAUUCAAAAUGAAUAAAAUGUUAUUUUG